AUGGCCGGAACUAUGCCUUUGAAUCCCAAGCCCUUCCUGAACGGCCUGACGGGGAAAGCCGUGUUAGUGAAGCUGAAGUGGGGGAUGGAGUACAAGGGGUACCUGAUCUCAGUGGACGCCUAUAUGAACCUGCAGUUGGCCAACACGGAGGAGUACAUCGACGGCAACUGCACCGGCAAUCUGGGGGAAGUCCUCAUCAGAUGUAAUAAUGUCCUCUACAUCAGAGGUGUGGACGACGAGGAGGAGGACGGCGAGAUGAGGGAGUGA